GCUGCGUCAGGUAUAAAAAGGAAUGAUCAGUAAAGUCUUUAGUCUUGGACAUUUUUUUUUCCGGAGUAUGCUUGUAGUAUUUUGAAGGCUUUAUAAUAUAUUCGAACUUUAUCAAGAUAUCUGAAAUGGCUUCUCGAAGUGGAGAUGAUUUUCUCAAAGUAGAGAACGAAGUAUUUCAAAAGCUGAAGGCAGAUGACGAAGUGGAUUAUAAAAAGUUUCAAAGUGAUCCAGAAGCCAAGAAGAAAGCCGAGGCCGCAAUGAAAAAAACAUACGAAGAACUUACUCGUAUGAUUGCCCAUACAGCCUCGCUUGACGAGGCGCUUGGACAUCUGUCACCAGAUAGACAAGACCUGAUUAAAACAUCUUUCCGCCUUCAGAGCUUCAAUGUUGAUAUUCAGCACGAGACAGACGGAUCUGUAAAUCUGAGGUUUGCAUCUCUCUCUGGAACCCCUCUAUCGUUCGUAUCAUCGGUGGUAAAGCUCGACAGUAAUACAUACGAGCAGAAUCGUUAUGUGCUCGCAGCAAGGAUCAUUUUUGAAGUUGUCAUGCUUCUUCUAAACCUAAUAGUCUUAGCGGUAAAACCAUCGUCAAAGGCUGUCGCUGAAGCUAUGGAAAAGAUAACCACAAUUCUGUCUUUUGCGGACAACUUCAUUGAUGAUGUGGAUAAGAUGGUUGAUGCUGCCAGGAGAGACGACAAUGAGGGUGUUGCUUUAGCCAUUAUUGCGUGCUUGGUCGACCUUUACAAGAUCGUAGGAUCUCAACUAUUUAGCCUAUUCAAGAUCUUUUUGAUGGAUAUGUCUUGGUUAGACAUAAUCAUAGCCAUAGCUCAAGCAGCAUGUUAUAUUGCAACGAUAGUUUUAUCUGCCGGAGCUGCUGCAGUCGCAAAGGUGAUUUCUUUGUUUCUAGAUGCUACAGAUUUCCUGAGAAAGCUACUGCAAAUGGAGGAGUUCAAGGGUGCCCUACAUACUGACUAAUCGCUGUUCACACUUUUAAUAAAGACGCCUAUAUUUGACUACAUGUUAUGACUGCUGGUGUGGAUCAUACAUUUAUCAAAUAGUUCAAGCAUCUUGUCAAAUGCUCUAAGUAAACACGUCUUCAUUGAUGAUACAUCAAAUAAAAACAUAAAUCUAAAUUCAAAGUUAAGUUUUUAUGUUAAUCUUUUCAACUUACGUAGAAAAAUUCUACAUCAGUUUCAAAAAUUAUACGUGAAUGAGGAACUGUAUACUUCCAUAAAAGAAUCUCGUUGAAGGUACGCGCAUGCGCAAACAAACCUGUAAAUAAAAUAGGCAUCUGACGGUUAUUGGUUACAAAACAUAAUAAGAAAAUAGUAUAACGUAAUCAAUACGGAAUCAGUGAAAUAAAAACAUGUUUUUAUAGUUACUUUUGAAAAAUUAGACUUCCCGAUAUGUUUCGUUAAUUCAGAUGUAGCAAACGUUAAGACAUGUUUCCGACAAAGUGUUACAACAAUUUUGUCAGUUAAUUUACCGUGAAAAUGCGUUUAACUGCUAAUUUUAAGGUGUGUAUUUAGAACAAUUGACAAGUGUUUACCUCAUUGGUUGAUUAUUUUUAUGCUCUAAAAUAUGAUAUAACAUUCACCUCUCUAAUUUGAAUGAAAAUGGGUUUACAUAUGAUUUGUUACCCAAGUUAUAGGCAGAUAAUAAAAAUCAUUUUUCUAUGGUUAUAAUCAUCCUUUUUCAGCUUUACUUUUGAAUAGCCAAGCAUUUGUAAUAUUUAAAAGAGUUUGAGAAGCAGGUUUUAUGGUAACAAGAGAGGACAGAAAAUGGACUUACAUUUCCAUUGUUUUCAAGCCCGCUUUGGAAGCGAAGAUAUAGUUGUCCAGAUGGCUCGAAGUAAUUUUCGUGUGGAUUGAAGUAAACUUUGCCAAAGUCAGCUUCUAUACGAGAGCCUUUAUAGAAUAUACAAUUUUGUAGCCACAUUUUUUAAACAGUUAAUCAACAUAUAUGUUGAUUUUCGUGGUAUCAGGAACAGAUAAACUCCUUGUCAUUAUAACGCAAACAUGUUAUUAACCCUUAUCUUAUCACGCUGGACAUGAUUGAUUCUGCCUUUGCGACCAGUGUAGAUCUUGAUCAGUCUGCACAUACGUACAACCCUUUUAACAGUUAAUGGUACUGACCAAAUUGAAAGAUGGGCACGGUUAUUAUAGAACUUUAGCGGGGUAAGGAUUCAAUAGCAUUAAUACAUAAUUUUACUAAGAAUGUACUUUCAUUAGUAAACUUAAAACCAAAGUAAUUCAGUAAGUUUUUAAUGAAUUAUUGACUAUAACAUUUAGGCAGUCUACUGAGUUAUUCUCAAAGUGGAAUUGAAAAAAUAAUCAUGUAAACAUCAUAGUAUAAAUUGGUACCGAAAGGAAAAAUUACUGUUGGUUACUUGAAUCAUAAAGAAACUUAAUAACAAAGUAUAUCGGGAAAACCAGACCAAGCAAUAUACGUAUGUUGUAAAUAUAUUAAAAGAAUUUCCCUACAAAGGGCAUCUUGUAUCGAAUCCCACUUAUAUACUGUUUGAUUUCGUUUGUUUGCAUACUACUCAGAAAGCAAUUCAUAAAUAAACGAAGAUUAUAUCAUA